AUGGCGCCGCCCACCACCCCGACGCCUUCCGGGUUCGGUGCGCCGGCCUUAAUUGUCCCUGAAGUCGAGGCGACUGCCGCCGAGGAGAUCAUCGUGUUCCCUGAGCAGCUCAACGGCAGCCUCUGGCCGGGCGCGGGCUCGGGCGCCCCGGCCCGGCUGCUGUGCCGCUUGCCGGCCUUCGGGGAGGUGCUGCUCCUGGAGCUGGAGCAGGACCCCGGCGUGCGCGUGGAGGGCUUGACCGUGCAGUACUUGGGCCGGGAGCCCGAGCUGCUGGGCGGGGCCGAGCCGGGCACCUACCUGACGGGAACUAUUAACGGAGACCCCGAGUCCGUGGCAUCUCUGCACUGGGACGGGGGAGCCCUGUUAGGCGUGCUGCAGUAUCGAGGCUCGGAACUCCACCUCCAGCCCCUGGACGGGGGAGCCCCGAACUCUGCUGGGGGGCCUGGGGCUCACGUCCUACGCCGAAAGCGUCCUGCCAGCGGCCAAGGCCCCAUGUGCAACGUCAAGGCUCCCCCAGGGAGCCCCAGCCCCAGCCCUCGAAGAGCCAAGCGCUUUGCUUCACUGAGUCGAUUUGUGGAGACCCUGGUGGUGGCAGAUGACAAGAUGGUAGCGUUCCACGGUGCAGGGCUAAAACGCUACCUGCUGACGGUGAUGGCCGCAGCUGCCAAGGCCUUCAAGCACCCAAGUAUCCGAAACCCUGUCAGCUUGGUGGUGACCCGGCUAGUGAUCCUGGGGCCAGGCGAGGAGGGGCCCCAGGUGGGCCCCAGUGCUGCCCAGACCCUCCGCAGCUUCUGUACCUGGCAGCGGGGCCUCAACACCCCUGAAGACUCGGACUCCGACCACUUUGACACGGCCAUUCUGUUUACCCGGCAGGACCUGUGUGGGGUCUCCACUUGCGACACACUGGGCAUGGCGGAUGUGGGCACUGUGUGUGACCCGGCUCGAAGCUGUGCCAUCGUGGAGGAUGAUGGCCUCCAAUCGGCCUUCACUGCUGCUCACGAGCUGGGCCACGUCUUCAACAUGCUCCAUGACAACUCGAAGCCAUGUGUUGGUCUGAACGGGCCCGGGAGCACCUCCCGCCAUGUGAUGGCCCCCGUGAUGGCUCACGUGGACCCCGAGGAGCCCUGGUCCCCCUGCAGUGCCCGCUUCAUCACCGACUUCCUGGACAAUGGUUAUGGACACUGUCUCUUAGACAAGCCAGAAGCUCCCCUGCAUCUGCCCGCGACUUUCCCUGGCAAGGACUAUGACGCUGACCGCCAGUGCCAGCUGACCUUCGGGCCCGACUCACGCCACUGCCCGCAGCUGCCGCCGCCCUGUGCUGCCCUCUGGUGCUCUGGCCACCUGAACGGCCACGCCAUGUGUCAGACGAAGCACUCGCCCUGGGCUGAUGGCACCCCCUGUGGGCCAGCUCAGGCCUGCAUGGGUGGCCGCUGCCUCCACGUGGACCAGCUCCAGGACUUUAAUAUCCCACAGGCCGGUGGCUGGGGCCCCUGGGGACCGUGGGGCGACUGCUCUCGGAGCUGUGGAGGUGGCGUUCAGUUCUCCUCCCGGGACUGCACACGACCCGUCCCCCGCAACGGUGGCAAGUACUGCGAGGGCCGCCGCACCCGUUUCCGCUCCUGCAGCAGCCAGGCCUGCCCAGCUGGGUCAGCCCUGACCUUCCGCGAGGAGCAGUGUGCUGCCUACAACCACCGCACAGACCUCUUCAAGAGCUUUCCAGGGCCUAUGGACUGGGUGCCUCGCUACACGGGGGUGGCUCCCCGGGACCAGUGCAAGCUCACCUGCCAGGCCCGGGCGCUGGGCUACUACUACGUGCUGGAGCCCCGGGUGGUGGACGGGACGCCCUGUUCCCCAGACAGCUCCUCGGUCUGCGUCCAGGGCCGCUGCAUCCAUGCCGGCUGCGACCGCGUCAUCGGAUCCAAAAAGAAGUUCGACAAGUGCAUGGUGUGCGGCGGGGACGGCUCCAGCUGCAGCAAGCAAUCCGGCUCCUUCAAAAAGUUCCGGUACGGCUACAACAGUGUGGUCACUAUCCCUGCGGGGGCCACCCACAUCCUCAUCCGGCAGCAGGGGCCCCCUGGCCUCCGGAGUAUCUACCUGGCCCUGAAGCUCCCCGAUGGCUCCUAUGCCCUCAAUGGCGAAUACACACUGAUGCCCUCCCCCACGGAUGUGAUGCUGCCCGGAGGAGUCAGCCUGCGCUACAGUGGGGCCACUGCAGCUGCCGAGACUCUUGCAGGCCAUGGGCCCCUGGCCCAGCCUGUGACGCUGCAGGCCCUGGUGGCUGGCAACCCCCAAAACGUACGCCUCCGGUACAGCUUCUUCGUGCCCCGGCCCGCCCCUCCCACGGCCCGCUCCACUCCCCAGGACUGGCUGCACCGCAAGGCCCAGAUCCUGGAAAUCCUACGGAGGCGUUCCUGGGCAGGCAGGAAAUAACCUCACCGGCCCGGUUGCUCUUUCCGGGCACCGGGGCCUCAGACUUGGCUGGAUGAAAGAGGGGCUCCUUCAGCUGCCUCGUGUUCAGAUACAGUGUGGUGGUGGUGGUGGUGGUGGGGUGUCUGUGGAGUGAGACCCACCCGUCCUCUCUACCCCAAAGUGCAGGCUGGCCCUGCCCUUGAGUCCUGCCCUGGGAGGCAGUGGUAGCUUGGUGGAUCCAAGGGGUCUGGGAGUCAGUCCCCUAUCUCAACUGCCCCUCUGCCCUGCUGGUCACAGGAGGGAGGGAGCAGGCAGGGUGGGCCCCGGUUGUAUUUAUUUAGUAUUUAUUCACUUUAUUUAGUAGCAGGGAAGGGGUUAAGCAUUAGGGUCCUGGGGGAAUGACUCCACCCUUCGUGGCCCUUAUCCUGGCUUGGGAAGCCAGGGUAGUGUGUGUGUGUGUGUGUGUGUGUGUGUGUGUGUGUGUGUGUGUGCAUGUGUGUUUAUAUGUGAGGCACAUCCUGCUCUGCUUUCUCCUCCCUGAAUCUCUUUUUUUCUUCUGGGAAAGGAAGCAUCAAGGGCAGGCUGGGCCUUCAGGGAAUAAGGGAUAUGAAUGUAUAUUUUUUAAGUAUAAAUGGAAUUCAAUUAUUUAUGUGCUCCUUUGGAGCCAGACGGACGUGGGUUGCACCCUGGCUCCACGUCGCUGAGUGCUCCUUUCCUCCUUUUCGAAUGAGAAGCCUGCCUUGGAAAGGAGGGACCGAGCAGUGUACAUAAGGACCGAGCACAAUGCCUAGCACUCGCUAAGUGCCUAAUAAAUGGCAGCUGCUGCUGGCUAA